AUGGAAGCUAAACCUCAUGAAUUCGAAAACCCUGAUUCCGAAACCCCAACUGAAGACCAAUCGCACCUCUCCAUUGCUCCCUUUACCUCCAUUUCACUUUCUCUUCCCAUCCACUUCAUCUCCCCACCAAAAAUCUCACCUUUCCCUUCCCAAAUCCCUAAAUUUGUGAAAAUCCAUAAUCAAAUCUCUUCCCCUUUGCAAUCUUUCUCUCUCUUCCAACACCCUCAACCCCACCAAACCAUUCUUCAAGUCCACCGUCUCUGCAAACCCUCUUCAAAACCCAUUAUCUCUAAACCCUCGCCGCCCAUCUGA